AGCUGAAGCAAAAGGAGGACGAGUCUAAAAAUCAGGGGGACGGGAUCCCGUUCCGUGAAGAGUUCGGUCCCCUCCUUGAGGAACCCUCAGUGAUGGUGGGAGCUCUGUGCCCCGUUGGCUUCUUGGAGACUGCGCGGAGGCUGCUGGUGCCGGUCCUGCUCCUGGUUCUGUUCCGGGGCGCGGACGGCCAGCCGUGCCCGGCCCAGUGCUCCUGCACCGGGACCACAGUGGACUGUCACGGGCAGGGACUGCGCAACGUGCCCAGGAACAUCCCCAGAAACACGGAGCGACUGGAUCUGAACGCGAACAACCUCACUAAAAUCACCAAGACUGAUCUUGCAGGACUGAGGCACCUGCGAGUCUUGCAGUUAAUGGAGAACAAAAUCACCACGAUCGAAAGAGGAGCCUUUCAGGACCUGAAGGAGCUGGAGAGACUACGCCUAAAUCGGAAUAAUCUGGCCGUGUUUCCCGAGCUGCUUUUCCUGGGAACCACCAAGCUCUACAGACUUGACCUGAGUGAAAACCAGAUCCAGGGGGUUCCGAGGAAAGCCUUCAGGGGAGCUGUGGAAAUCAAAAACCUCCAGUUAGACUACAACCACAUCAGCUGCAUUGAAGACGGAGCUUUCAGAGCGUUACGUGACCUGGAAGUACUCACCCUGAACAAUAACAACAUCAGCCGACUGUCUGUGGCCAGCUUCAACCACAUGCCGAAGCUCAGGACCUUCCGCCUACACUCCAACAACCUGCAGUGCGACUGCCACGUAGCCUGGCUGUCCGAGUGGCUGCGGCAGCGCCCCCGCUUGGGUCUCUACACACAAUGCAUGGCCCCGCCACACUUGAGGGGGCACAAUGUGGCUGAGGCGCAGAAAAAGGAGUUUGUGUGUGCAGGUCACCAGUCAUCAUCAUCUUCCUCCUGCAGUGUGUUACAGUGUCCAGAGUCCUGCACCUGCAGCAACAACAUCGUGGACUGCAGAGGAAAGGGUCUGACAGAAAUCCCCACCAACCUGCCUGAAACCAUCACAGAGAUACGACUGGAGCAGAACGCCAUCAAGGUGAUCCCAGCUGGGGCCUUUUCUCCUUACAAGAAGCUGCGCAGGAUAGACUUGAGCAACAACCAGAUAUCAGAACUGGCCUCGGACGCCUUCCAAGGUCUUCGUUCCCUUAACUCUUUGGUUCUGUAUGGGAACAAGAUCACCGAGAUUUCCAAAGGGCUGUUUGAGGGGCUGUUUUCGCUGCAGCUAUUGUUGCUGAAUGCUAAUAAGAUAGCGUGUCUGCGCGUGGACGCAUUUCAGGACCUCCAUAACCUCAACCUGCUCUCGCUGUACGAUAACAAGCUCCAAACCAUCGCCAAGGGGACGUUCUCAUCUCUGAGAGCCAUACAAACGCUGUACCCUAGCCUGGAGGAAGACUUCAGCCCCUCCAUGGUCAGUACCGAGGAUUACCGCAGCAAGCUUGGAGGCGAUUGUUUUGCUGACUUGGCCUGCCCCGAGAAGUGUCGCUGCGAGGGCACAACAGUCGACUGCUCCAACCAGAAACUCACCAAAAUCCCAGAUCACAUUCCUCAAUACACGGCCGAGCUGCGUUUGAACAACAAUGAAUUCACUGUGCUCGAGGCGACGGGGAUCUUCAAAAAGUUGCCUCAGCUGAGGAAGAUAAACCUGAGUAAUAAUCGUAUCACUGACAUAGAGGAGGGGACAUUUGAAGGCGCCUCGGGGGUCAACGAGUUGAUACUGACCUCCAACAAACUGGAAAACAUACACCACCAUAUGUUAAAGGGACUCGGUGGUCUCCGCACACUUAUGCUGAGGAGCAAUCGCAUCAGCUGUGUGAGCAACAGCAGCUUCGUUGGGUUGAGUUCAGUGCGUCUCCUCUCACUCUACGACAACCAGAUCACCUCCAUGAGCCCGGGAGCCUUUGACACGCUGCACUCCUUGUCCACGCUAAAUCUCCUGGCCAAUCCCUUCAACUGUAACUGCCACCUGGCCUGGCUUGGCGAUUGGCUGAGGAGGAAACGGAUCGUGACAGGAAACCCUCGCUGCCAGAAUCCGUACUUCUUGAAGGAGAUUCCCAUCCAGGAUGUAGCCGUCCAAGACUUUGCCUGUGAAGAUGGUAACAGUGAGAACAGCUGUUCUCCAGUCCUGAGGUGUCCAGCAGAGUGUUCCUGUCUGGACACUGUGGUCCGCUGCAGCAACAAGGGUCUCACCACGCUGCCCAAAGGCCUCCCCAAAGAGACCACUGAGCUGUAUUUGGACGGUAACCACUUCACUCAGGUUCCUGCGGGGCUCUCCAAUUACAAACAUCUAAACCUCAUUGAUUUGAGUAACAACCAGAUCAGCACGUUGUCCAACCACAGCCUCAGUAACAUGUCCGAGCUGCUUACCCUCAUCCUGAGCUACAACCGCCUGCGCUGCAUCCCAGUGAGGGCGUUCGACGGACUCAAGUCUCUCCGACUGCUGUCUCUCCAUGGCAACGACAUAUCACUGAUACCAGAAGGAGCUUUUAAAGACCUAUCGUCGCUCUCCCAUCUGGCUCUGGGUGCCAACCCUCUGCACUGUGACUGCCACAUGCAGUGGCUCUCAGACUGGGUGAAGAGCGGCUACAAGGAGCCCGGCAUCGCCCGGUGUGCAGGGCCCGGCGACAUGACCGACAAACUGCUCCUCACCACACCCUCCAAGAAGUUUACCUGCACAGGCCCAGUGGAUUUGACUAUCCAGGCUAAGUGUGACCCCUGCCUGUCCAACCCCUGCAAGAAUGACGGCACAUGCGCCAGCGACCCUGUGCACUACUACCGCUGCACCUGCCCUUAUGGAUUUAAGGGGCAAAACUGCGAGCAGCCCAUUCACGCCUGCAUCAGUAACCCAUGUCAGAAUGGUGGGACGUGUCAUCUGAAGGAAGGAGAAGGAAGCAACUUUUGGUGCGUGUGUCCGGAGGGCUUUGAAGGUGAUGCGUGUGAGAUCAACAUCGACGACUGUGAAGAUAACGACUGUGAGAACAACUCCACCUGCGUUGAUGGAAUCAAUAACUAUACGUGCAUGUGUUCACCAGAAUACACAGGAGAGUUGUGUGAAGAGAAACUGGACUUCUGUGCCCCUGAGCUGAACCCGUGCCAGCACGACUCAAAAUGCAUUUUGACACCUCGGGGAUACAAGUGUGAGUGCACUCCCGGUUAUGUAGGUGAGCAUUGUGAGCUGGACUUUGAUGACUGCAAGGAGAACAAAUGUCAGAACGGAGGCCCGUGCAUUGAUGCUGUGAAUGGAUACACCUGCAUCUGUCCAGAGGGAUACAGUGGGUUAUUCUGCGAGUUCUCCCCCCCGAUGGUCCUUCCUCGCACCAGUCCUUGUGACAACCAUGAAUGCCUUAACGGGGCUCAGUGCAUCGUCUUGGGAACAGACCCUCAGUGUCAGUGUCCCCACGGCUACGAGGGCGAGCGCUGCGAAACACUCGUCAGCGUCAACUUUGUCAACAGGGAGUCGUACCUGCAACUUCCCUCCAGCCUCCUCUCACCUCACACCAACAUCAGUCUGCAGAUUGCUACCGAUGAGGACAGUGGCAUCUUGUUGUAUAAAGGUGACAACGAUCACAUCGCAAUGGAGCUGUACAGGGGACGCCUCAGGGUCAGCUACGACACCGGAUCCUACCCACCUUCUGCUAUUUACAGUGUGGAGACGGUGAACGAUGGGAGCUUCCAUUCUGUGGAGUUAAUAGCGUCAGAUCAGACUCUGACUCUGUUCAUCGAUGGUGGAGCACCAAAAUCCAUCAACUCCAUCAGCAAACAGUCUACACUCAAUAUAGAUUCUCCACUUUACCUGGGAGGGAUGCCACAGAGGGUCUCUGGGGGUCUUUCUGCCCUGCAGCUCAGCUCAGGAGGUCGGAACGGCACCAGCUUCCACGGCUGCCUCCGUAACCUCUACAUCAACGGGAAGCUCCAAAACCUGGGAGCCGGGCUGGAGCCUAAAGCUUUGGGUUCUGGGACUUUACAGAGCAGCAGAAAGUGGCUGGGUAACGGGGUGGAACCUGGCUGCCAGCCGUGUCAGAGAGGCGUCUGCGUCCAAGGCGAUUGCCACCCGACGGGUCACCGCGGCUUCACGUGCACCUGCCACCCUGGGUGGACAGGCGCUCUGUGUGACCAGCAAAUUAGCAAUCCUUGCGAUGGCAACAAGUGUAUCCAUGGAACCUGCAUCCCCAUCAACUCAUACUCGUACUCGUGCCGCUGCCAGCCCGGGUUUGCUGGUGUGCUGUGCGAUGAGCAGGAUCCAGAUGCAGCUAACCCCUGCAGCCUGUCUCACUGCAAACACGGAAAAUGUCAAGUUUCGGGCCUGGGCAAAGCUUACUGCGAGUGCGACGGUGGAUACACAGGGGAGGCUUGUGACCGAGAGGUGGCCUGCCGAGGGGAACGGGUCAGAGAUGUCUACCAGAGACAGCAAGGCUACGCGGCGUGCCAAACCCAGGAGAAGGUCUCCCGUCUAGAGUGUCGAGGCAGCUGCCCGGGGGGAGCAGAAGGACAGGGCGCCUGCUGCACCCCUCUCCGCAGCAAACGUAGGAAAUACACCUUCCAGUGCACUGACGGCUCUUCUUUUGUCCAGGAAGUGGAAAAAGUUGUCAAGUGCGGCUGUACAAAGUGUUCUUCGUAAAAAGAGAAUAAAAAAAGACAGCACCCUCAACAGAUUUCUGCCUCUCCGGAUAUGUUCUGUGUUCCCGCCCGCCUUACUUGAUCCUUCUUGUUCGCCACGAGGAAACUCUCCACCCAACCUCCUGAGAGUAUUACCACCAACCCUGUUUUUAUUAAAAAUCAUUUUAAAAA